GAGUUGAUUUCUUAUUUUAAUGUUAUAUUUUAGGAAUAUCAUGUUAGUGAUACAAUAUUCCUAGAAUUUAAGAACAAUGCAAGAAGAAAUUACAAAAGGAACUUCAUUUUAAGCCACACAUUCAAUUUUUAAGAGGUAAGUUUUGAAUUCUUUUGUGAAAGAAAAGGAAGAAAAAGAUGAUUUGAGUAUAUAUUCUUAUCCAAUUAUGUCUGUCUGUGAGCUAUACACCUUUAUAGGGGGCCACUAUUGUUUCUUUUUAGUGGUUAAAAACAUGUAUGCCCCCCUCCAUUGCUCGUUAGAUUGAAUUUGAACACCAAAAAUCAAUCAAACAUGAGAAAAGGACCAUUCCUUUUGCUCCUCAUCUCCCUUCUUUGCCUCUGUCUCCUUCCAUUUUGUCUAUCUGAAGCCCAUUUCACCAACAAAGCUUAUGAUCCUUACAAGCACCUGAAGCAGGGGAGGCCCAGAAAAGAUUUGCAGGACAGUAAGCAGAUAAACGUUGGAGCUGCAACGAAGGUGAUGAGAGCAAGAGGAGUUUAUGGCGGGGGGAACGACAUUCAUAGGGGGCACUCGAAGAAUGAUGCUAACCCUUUACGGAUCAAAUCAACUUCUUCGUUGCUGUGGGAUGUUUCAUGUGGCUUCUUUAGUUUAUGUGUUCUUCUUACAGGUCUGUAAGUGUUGGCUCUGUUGUAGCAGCAGCAGAGCAGUCGAGUGUUAUAUUCUGUAAUGCUUUGGACCUUGUUCAUGGGCAAUGUUAGUAUUCGAUAACUCGACUUUGAAGCUUCAUACCGCUUGAUUCUCCGCA